AUGUGUUGUUGUCAUUGUUCUUGUCUGUAUCGAAAUUUACCAUUUUUCCAUGGUUUAACUGGUUUUCUUGAAAUGGUUCUUGGUGUUGUACGUAUUAUAGUAUUCUUCUCACCUCUACCUUCAGGUGUUCAUAAGAAAUAUACUUCCAAAUACACAGCUGCAUUUAUUAUUGAUUGGAUUAGUUCAAUUGUAGCAACAUUAGUGGGUGUAUUUACUGCUCUUAUUAUUCUUCUGAUUUUCUUCAGAACAUGUGUUAUUUGUUGUCGUCUCCAAUCGAAGAAUCCAAGUAGUAGCACUACAUCAGGUAUGAUACGAGGACUUCUCGGAAGUAAAAGUGUUCGUCGCUUUCUAAUUAUCGAUUGUAAUUGUACUUGUUAUAAAGCAAGACCAAAACGUCGUUUUCAAGUACGUUUUAUUUUACUCUUUAUCUUUUUUGUUCUACGUAUAACGGCUAUUGGACUCUAUGCGAGUGCGCCUGUUGGUGAUAAUGAUGGUGGAUUAAUUGCUAUUGUUUGUGCUAUUUCAUUAGUAUUUAUAUUUAAUACACUUUGUUUGGAUUUCUAUCGUUAUUGGGUAUGGUGGCAUUAUACACCAAAACUUGAUACUCAUUGUCAUAUAACAUCAAAUAAACAUGAAAGAUAUUUACCAUAUCAUAUGAUUGGAUCUUUUCGUGAUCCACGAACAUUAGGAGAUCGACCAUGUACUGAAAAGCCAUGUCAUAAACGAACACUUGAUCAUAUUGCUGUUUUUCAUUCAUAUGAUUAUCAACCUCAGGACCGUUGGAGAGAUAUUCCAAAACCACCACCAAAUACAGAACCAAAAAAAAGUAUAAUUCCUUGUGUAAAACCAAAAUUAAUAGAUAAUCAACCACAUUAUAUUGGAUUUCAUACAACUGAUCCUAUGGCUGCCAUCGCUAUCGCUCAUAGUCAAUUUCAACCAGGUCGUCCUGGAUGGAUUGGUCAAGGGAUUUAUUUUGCUCGAUCAGUUGCAGGAACAAUUGGAAAAGCUAAAAGUGAAGGCGGUGCGUUUAUUAUUGCUGAAAUACGUAUGGGAAAAGUUUAUGAAGUUGAACGACAAGUAAUAACAAAAGGUCAUCCAAGAUUUGAUGCUCAAAUAUAUGAAUAUGCUCAUCGUGGAAAAUGGAAAGAUGAUUAUGAUACAUGUUAUAUGCUUCAAAACCCGGAGAGUACAGAUGAAUUUGCUAUUAAAGAUGCAUCACAAAUUGUUAAAUGGGUUACUGUUAUUGAACAAGAUUUUGAUCCAAAAGUUGAAAGAUAUGGACUUCUUACAGAAUUUGAUUCAACAAAAUGUGGAUGCAUUUAA